CUGCGCAACCGGAAAUCAACCAAUGUACUUCCGGUCUUCACGUUUUUUCAGAAAAAGCCCACAUUUUUCAUAAUCUAAGCUCUACAAGAUGAGCUACCGGGAGAGUGAGGAUUUUGUUGAAGGCGAGUUCACAGAUCCGUAUGCCUUUAACAGCUACGAGGACUACUCCAUGCACACAGGCGACCCAAGAGCAGAUUUGGAAUAUGAACGUCAACAACAGCAACACACCUACAUUAUACCUGAGGUGAUAAAGAACUUCCUGACAUACUUUAGGAAGAACAUCCAAGAAGGUCAUGUUUAUGAAAUACAGAACUCUUAUGAAAGUGGCUUCAACAAAUUGACAGACAGAUUUUUCAAAACCACACCCUGGCCUGAAGCUGAGGCAGUGGCACCUAUUGUGCAGAAUGACCACCUGUUUCUGAUACUUUACAAAGAGCUUUACUACAGACACAUAUACGCUAGAGUACCAAGUGGUCCAACUCAGGAGCAGAGGUUUGAGUCUUACUACAAUUACUGCAAUCUCUUCAACUAUAUCCUCAAUGCUGAGGGUCCAGUACCUCUUGAGCUACCUAACCAAUGGCUGUGGGAUAUCAUAGAUGAGUUCAUAUACCAGUUCCAAUCUUUCAUCCAGUAUAGAUGCAAGCUCCAGAAAAAGACGGAGAAUGAGAUCCUUGUACUCAGGGACAACCCCAAGAUCUGGAAUGUACACAGUGUGCUGAAUGUACUCCACUCUCUGGUUGAUAAGUCCAGCAUCAACAAACAACUAGAGAUCUAUACAAGUGGAGGUGACCCAGAUAGUGUUGCUGGAGACUUUGGCCGUCAUUCCCUCUACAAGAUGUUGGGAUACUUCAGUUUAGUAGGGUUGCUACGGUUACACUCAUUGCUAGGCGACUACUACCAGGCAUUGAAAGUUCUGGAAAACAUUGAUUUUAACAAAAAGAACAUGUACUCUCGAGUACCCGCAUGUCAGAUUACAACUUUCUACUAUGUCGGGUUUGCCUACAUGAUGAUGCGCCGCUACCAGGAUGCCAUUAGAACCCUUUCUAACAUCUUGUUGUACAUACAGCGCACCAAGCAAAUGUUCCAGAAUAAAGUCAAUCUCUAUGACCAGAUCAAUAAACAAAAUGAACAGAUGUACACUCUCCUGGCAAUCUGCCUGACUCUUCACCCAAUGAGGAUAGAUGAGAGUGUCCACUCACAGCUCCGUGAGAAGUUUGGUGAUCGUAUGCUGCGUAUGCAGAAAGGUGAAAUGGCCGAAUUUGAGAACAGUUUCGCAUAUGCCUGCCCCAAGUUUCUCUCCCCUGUACCACCAAAUUACGAAGCUGGGCAGACUAACUAUCACAAGGAGCCUUAUGCCCUUCAACUGAAAGUGUUCCUUGAUGAAGUAGCCCAACAAUCUUUGUUGACUACAGUGAGAAGCUACCUGAAACUCUAUACCACCCUACCCAUCUCAAAGCUUGCUGCAUUCAUGGACACGACUGAAGAUGAGCUAAGAACUCAUCUGAUGUGCUUCAAACAUAAGAUGAAGAAUAUUGUUUGGACCCAGGGCACCAGUGGCUUGAAGGGAGAGUUCCAGUCUGCCUCAGAAGUGGAUUUCUACAUUGAUGGGGACAUGAUUCAUAUCGCUGACACCAAAGUAGCCCGUCGCUAUGGAGACUUCUUUAUUAGACAGAUUCACAAGUUUGAGGAGAUGAGUCGAGGGUUGAAGCCAAUUAUAAAGAAACCACAAUAGACUGAUACAUUAUCUGAUUAUAGACAUUUUGUAAUCAUGGACACUUCAAUUCUAAUGACAUUGAAUAAAGCCUGUGUGAUACUUGUACAAGAGAAUCUACUAUUAUGAUUAUGGUGUUGGAAAUAAAAAGACUGCCCUCUGCUAUUCUUAAGAAUAUCAGAUCUCAUUCUUAUGAUAAAAUUGAAGAACAGAGCAGCUUUUUUCUAAACGUUAUCAUAGGUAUGAACUGCCCACUCUUCAUGCAUCCUGUGAACAGCCAACCAUUUGGCCAUAAUGUAUUGUACUAUACUUGGAUUCUUAAAUGAAACAAUAAACCAUUGAAUUGAAAGGAAAA